AUGCUUCUUCGCCUGCAACCUACGGCAUUGCGGGCGCCUCUGGAUGGUGGAUCAAUAUGCUUCAGUUGCGCAAAGAGGCUGGCUCGCCUGAGCACACCACACAAACGGCCAUUCACGCGGGCUGUCCGAACGAGCCAGGUCGCAGUGUCGAGAGAUGAAGAGGUGGACAAGAGAUUCUUCUGGGCGAAUGCCUUCCAAUCACGAAAAGAGGGGGGCUCGAAAAUACUGUCGCAAGUCUCUUCCUCAGGCGGAGGAGUAGCUGAAGGAACACGACAAGCACAUACCGUUCCACAGGAUCCAACAACACCACAGGGGAACACUGAUCCCACAAAUCAGGAGCCGCCACAUCGACGACGAAAGCGACUAAAAGCCGCAGCUGCAUUACUCGACACAGCUGGCGAGCCACAACUACCUCCAGAUGCAUCUUCCAUACUUUCCCGAGACGCAGAGGCCGCGCCGGCCAAGUCAUUACGACGGAUCUUUUCUACUUACCUAGSCCUGACGAAACCGCGUCUGGCCUUUUUGAUUGUCCUCACGACCACCGCAUCCUACUCGAUCUAUCCCGUCCCAGCACUACUCAGCACUUCCGUAACCGACGCGCCCUCUCUCAGCACGCUCACCCUUGCUUUCCUCACCAGCGGGACCUUUGCAUGCAUUGCGUCUGCAAACACCUUGAAUAUGCUCUUUGAGCCACAGCACGAUGCGAAGAUGAUUCGGACGCGUAAUAGGCCGUUGGUGCGUGGUCUGAUCAGCAAGCGGGCUGCGCUGCUAUUUGCCAUUGCAACUGGGAUAGUCGGCACCGGAGUGUUGUGGUAUGGAGUCAACCCCACGACAGCGAUCUUGGGAGCUAGCAAUAUUGCACUGUACGCUGUCGCCUACACAUUCUCAAAGAGGAUGCAUCCGGUGAACACCUGGGUGGGAGCAAUCGUGGGCGGAAUACCACCUCUCAUGGGCUGGUGUGCUGCAGCCAGUCAAUACAGCACGAUGAAUGCCAYACARACCAGCUUGACGUCAAUCUGGGCCGAGUCCAAGGAACUGCUCUUUACGGAACAAGCCAUUGGAGGAUGGCUGCUUGCAGCGAUGCUGUUUUCAUGGCAAUUCCCUCAUUUCUUCGCCUUGUCGUAUGGUGUUAGGCAGGAGUAUGCUGGAGCAGGAUACAAGAUGCUGACAUCGACAAACAUGCCAAUGGCAUGCCGCGUGUCAUUGAGGUACAGCUUUGCCAUGUUCCCGAUCUGUGCCGCAUUGAGCUGGUACCACGUUACAGAUCCAGCAUUCAUAGCUACGAGCAGUGUGGCGAACGCGUGGAUGUUKAGGGAGGCCAUCAGAAUGUGGAGGUUCAACGGUGAGAAGGGAUCCUCGCGGGCCCUCUUCUGGGCGAGUGUCUGGCAGCUACCCAUUGUUCUGGUAUUAGCCAUGGUGCAGAAGAAGGGUUUAGGGGCGAGACUAUGGGCCAGUAUCUUCGGCGAACCCGAUCUAGAAGAUGAAGAGUGGGAAGAGGAGAGGAUGUAG